GGAAGUGUCAUGGCCGCCAGUUGAAGGGAACUCUUCCUCUUCUGGUUCUCAGAAUGUCAGCACUCUGAAUUAAGUAUAAAACAAUAGUAAUUCUAAUUAUAUAAUAAAAAAACAAAGCGUGAAGAUGAGCGAGGAACAUUACCUGGAGCUGUGUGAGAACCCGGUGCAGUUUGAACAUGCCUCCAGCGUCAACAACGUCUUUUUCGACGAAGCUAACAAGCAGGUGUUCGCGGUGCGUUCAGGUGGAGCCACGGGGGUGGUGGUCAAAGGCCCGGAAGACAAGAGCAGUGUUGCCUUCAGAAUGGAUGAUAAAGGAGAAGUUAAGUGUAUAAAGUUCUCCAUUGGAAAUAAAAUCUUGGCAGUUCAGAGGACUUCAAAAUCUGUGGAUUUCAUCAACUUCAUUCCUGACUAUCCUCACACAGAGUUCACACAGGAAUGCAAAACAAAAAAUGCAAGUGUUCUGGGUUUCUGCUGGACCAACUGGAACGAGAUCGUUUUCAUCACAGAUCAAGGAAUAGAGUUUUACCAGGUGUUUCCUGAUAAGCGCAGCCUGAAGCUUCUGAAGAGUCAGAGCAUCAAUGUGAACUGGUACCAGUACUGUCCGGAGACCGCCGUCAUCCUGCUGUCCACCACGGUGCAGGGCAACGUGCUGCAGCCCUUCGCCUUCAGGAACGGGACGAUGUCCAAGAUGUCAAAGUUUGAGAUCGAGUUACCGGUUGUCCCCAAACCUGCAAAACUGAUUCUGUCGGAGAGAGACAUCGCCAUGGCAUCCAUAUAUGGCCAGUUGUUUGUGAUGUAUCUGAAGCAUCACUCCAGAACAGCCAACAGUCCCUGUGCAGAGGUGGUGCUCUAUUACCUACCAAGGGAGGGUACGUGUAAGAAGGGUCACGUUCUGCGGCUCAACACGACGGGGAAGUUCGCUCUGAACAUCGUGGACAAUCUGGUGGUCGUUCAUCAUCAGAGCUCACAGACGUCUCUGAUCUUCGACAUCAAGCUGAAGGAGCCUGACUGCACGGUGAACACACACCAACCUGUGCUGCCUGCACGCUCCAUACACCCCUACAGGAUUCCCUUGACAGGUCCUGCAGUUGUUCCUUCUCAGCCUCCAGUACCAUGUCAGCUCUACUCUUCCUCCUGGAGCGUGUUCCAACCCGACAUCAUCAUCAGCGCCAGUGAAGGUUACCUGUGGUACCUGCAGGUGAAGCUCCCCCCCACAGUGAACCUGCUGCAGGACAAAGGGAAGCUGAUGGACUUCCUGCUGAGGAGGAGAGACUGCAAGAUGGUCAUCCUGUCCGUCUGCUCCCAGAUUCUGGAAGGAGGGGAGAAGGGAAGUCUUCCCGUGGUGGCGACCGUCUUCGAUAAACUGAACCAGGUGUACAAAGAAUACCUGGAGGCGGAGCAGAGCUACACCGUGGCGAUGGAGUCCGGUCCGAGUCGAGGCAGCGCCGCUCAGAAACGUCCAGUCAGAACGCAGGCGGUCAUCGACCAAUCAGACAUGUACACACACGUCCUGUCCUCGUUCACAGAGAAGAAGGGUGUGUCUCAUAAGUUCGUCAUCGCGGUGCUGAUGGAGUACAUCCGCUCUCUGAACCAGUUCCAGGUCACCGUGCAGCAUUACCUGUACGAGCUGGUGAUAAAGACGCUGGUGCAGCACAACCUCUUCUACAUGCUGCACCAGUUCCUGCAGUACCACGUGCUCAGCGACUCCAAGCCUCUGGCGUGUUUACUCCUGUCUCUGGAGAGCACGUACCCUCCGGCCCACCAGCUGUCUCUGGACAUGUUGAAGCGUCUGUCCACGGCCAACGAUGAGAUCGUGGAGGUUCUGCUGUCCAAGCAGCAGGUUCUGGGCGCGCUCAGAUUCAUCCGCAGCGUCGGCGCCCAUGACAACGUGUCCUCCCGAAAGUUCCUGGACGCUGCGCGGCAGACGGAGGAUCAGAUGUUGUUCUACACCGUGUUCAGAUCCUUCCAGCAGAGGAACCAGAGGCUGAGAGGGAACCCCGCGUUCAACCUCGGAGAGCACUGUGAGGAGCACGUGGUUCACUUCAAGCAGCUGUUUGGGGAUCAGGCUCUGAUGAAGGCCUCCACUGUCUGAGAACCACAAACUGAAACACAGACUGUAAACACUCAUGGAUGUCAGCUGACAGGAAGUAACACUGGGAACCGGUGCACAUGUUAAUGCACACUCUCGUUAUGUUUGCACAAACAUCCUGGUUAUACUGUGACAGUGAAAUCCUUUUCCAAAGUUGUGCGAUGGCUCAUCAGUAAAGCCCUACUGAGUCAAAUAAAAUGUCCCUGGUAUAUGUACAGUAACACCUACUUCCAAAAAAGUAAUCAAGUGACUGGUAAACAAUUAAUGCAUUUACGACUACAUUCACUUAACAUAACUUAAUGUUUUAAAAUGCAUUCUUAAAGUACUGCAUCUUUAUUCUGAGAUUCCUCUCGUACCUGCAGAAGCUCUGAUAUGAACUGCUGGUAUAUGCUAUUACUGAGCUGCUUCAUGUCUGCUACUUUCUGCUGUACACAGUCACAUGAUCAGAGACAGGUGAGCAGAGACAACUUAAAUAUUAUAAUUAUGUAAACAAGGAAAUGCAUAACAAGUUCCUAUAGACUUCAUGAAAUGGAGUUUAAAAACCAUUGGAAACAUACUUACCCUUUACAGCUCAGGUGACGUGUGGGCCCAAUGACAUAUUGUUUGAGUACCUGUAUGAAUGUUUUAUAUGAUAAAGAAUCUAUUAUUGUGUUAUAAUUAUUUCUCAUUUAAAAAUCAAACGGCACUGGGCUGCAUGAAGUAACGAUGGAAAUAUGUUUAAAUGCUCUGUUGAAUACUAGUAAAAAAAACAUAGAUAUAUAGCAUAUGUACAGCUAAUAAAAGGUUAAAUCCA